UACAGUAUAUCUGUGCUAUUAAAAUUUAUGGGGGGGAUUCAUUUAGGAAAAAAAAAUCUCAACAGACUGCCAGGGGGUCUCAAUAAAGAGAAAAAAAUGGUUGAGAAACACUGCACUACAAACCCAAGUAGAGAGUGCAUAAAGGAAAGCAAAAAACAGAAGUAGGAAGUAAGGGAUGGUCGUCAAGAAAAUGGAAACUAGUGUGUUUCCUAUUUAAAAAACAAGCCCAGAGCAAGGUCUUCAGAGAACCUGGAGGCCCAGGCUCACAGACUCACCAGCAUCAACCAGGACAGCAGCAUCUGCGAGAUCCCCAAUGGCCUUCUCUUUCCUUUUACUGAUGGCCCUGGCGGUGCUCAGCUGCAACUCCAUCUGCUCUCUGAGCUGUGACCUGCCUCAGAGCCAUAGACUGGCUAACAGGAGAACCUUGAUUCUUCUGGAACAAAUGAGAAGAAUCUCCCCUUCUUCCUGCUUGAAGGACAGAAAUGACUUUGGAUUUCCCCAGGAGGAGCUUGAGGGCAACAAGUUCCAGAAGGCUCAAGCCAUCUCUGUCCACCAUGAGAUGAUCCAGCAGAUCUUCAACCUCUUCAGCCUACAGGCCUCAUCUGCUGCCUGGGAUCAGACCCUCCUGGACAAAUUGUUCGCUGCACUUGAUCAGCAGCUGAAUGACCUGGAAGUCUGUUUGAUGCAGGAGACGGGGGUAGAAGAAACUCCCGUACCUGUGAUAAAUGAGGACUCCAUGCUGGCUGUGAGGAAAUACUUCCAAAGAAUCACUGUCUAUCUGACAGAGAAGAAAUACAGCCCCUGUGCCUGGGAGAUUGUCAGAGCAGAAAUCAUGCGCUCCUUCUCUGCAUCAACAAAUUGGCAAGAAAGGCUAAGAAGUAAGGAAGGCGACCUGGUUCCAUAA